AUGUUCGUCUGUCGAUCAUGCAUCAUCAACAUGGGCGGGAUGCGCCCCCCAAUACUGCUCGAAUCAAGGCUCUUGCGCCCUCUGCAACUAGCCAUCCGCAACCCCAGUUCUGCCCGCCGCAAAUAUUCAAUACACAAGUCCCUCGCCGAAGCGUAUGGCGUCAAUCGAAGAGACCUGGAAAAAGGGUUGGAGCAGGUCAAGGGCUGGAUAGGGGUGGAUGUGCCAGCAGAGAUGGUUCUUGACCAGAACGAGAUCCGAGCAGCGUUAGGAGAGGAUGGCAGGCGGAACGGGCCCUACGUGCGAGAAAAAGAGAAGCAGGCUCUCCGACGACCGAAGAAGCUCAAAAUGCGGGAGGCCAUGAGAUCCAAUGCCGAAUGGGAAACGAGUUCCGAACCGCCUCAGUCCAGCGUUCUUACAACCGAGGAUAUUGAGGAGGCGUUGAAGCAGGCGCAAGAAUCAGAGGAACCAAAAGUUGCCAGUACGCCCGAGGAAUCAUUCCGAAAUUCGUACCCGAGCAACAAGGAGCUCACGGAUACUGGAUCUGAAGAAUUGCCCAGUCAACAAUUGCUCAAGGUUAAAAAGGUCGCCAAGAAGCAUCUCCAGUACCUCAAAGACCCCCUUCACAUCGGCAACCACGUCAAGAAAGCACUCGCUGCCGGCAACUGGGACGAGGCCCUCAUGAUGACCCGUAUGGCCUCGGUGGAUACCAAGGUUGAGGUGUCCUGGAACCACCUGAUCGACUAUCAACUGGACAAGGGGCGCCUCCAGGCUGCCAUCAAGACUUUCAAUGAAAUGAAAAAGCGAGGACAAAGGCCAAACGCAAGAACAUACACUGUUCUUUUCAGAGGCUGUGCUGCCUCGGCGCAUCCCAAGACAGCAGUGGCCGAAGCCACAAAGAUCUACCGCUCCAUGCUCAGCAAACACCAAGUCGGAGGCAUGACACUCGAGCCGACAACCAUUCACAUGAAUGCGGUCCUUGACGUCUGCGGGCGAGCAAACGAUCUCGACAGCAUGUUUCAAAUUCUUGAAACCGCCAAUAACGGUUUGAGAAGCCCCGACUCGAUCACGUUUACCAUCGUGUUGAACGCCCUGAGAUUCGAGGUCAAAUCACACACAUACAAGUUUUCCGAGUUUUCGGAUGCCCAGAUCAGACGAAAUGUGGAGCAGUCCAUCCAGAAAGCGAGAGUAGUCUGGGAGGACGUGGUGGCGAGAUGGAGAAGCGGCAGGCUCAUCAUGGAUGAGCAGCUGGUGUUGGCCAUGAGCCAAGUUUUGUUGCCGGGUGACAAGAAGGAGAAGGGGAGCAUUUUUGAUCUCUUGAAACAGACCAUGUUGCUCCCGGUGCCAGAUUCCAUCAGCAGGAAGCUUCGUCGGGCAACACAAGCGCGAGAGCAAAGGGCGGCAGAGCAAGCAGCACGGGAGCAAGAGGAGGAGGGUUUGGAGGAAGAAGAGGUUGACGAAGUUGGAAAGGCCCCUCCCCCGCCCGCCUUGAGGGCAGGUCUUGCCAGGACAGGACCGGCUGCCACGAUUCAAUACGCCAACCCGGGACGACAAACGUUGACAUUGGUCAUGGAGGUUCUUUCUGAUCUGAAGCAGACAGCGAUUGCGCCAAAGUACUGGGAGUAUAUGACUGAGAUGCUCGAGAUCGAGCCCGAUCACAUCAACUACAACACAUACCUCAAGUGCUUGCGAGUUGGUCAUGCAUCAGGUGAGGUGGCCAAAAUCAUUGCCUCUUACCCUCCGAGUAUGCUCAACCGAGUGACUUUCCGUCUCGGUAUGAACUCGUGCGUCAACGACCGGAACAACACCAACGUCUUUGACAACGGAACGAAAAUCAUCGACAUCAUGCUCAAGGAGCUGAAGAAGCCCGAUCUUUUGACCAUGCGUCUGUACCUGCACUUGGCGCGUAUCGCCAAGACCAAGUUCCGAAAGCAGGAUAUUGAGACCAGAUAUCAGUACGGAGAGCAGAUUAGCAACACCAUCCUCCGGCUUUUCCCAGUGUUGAACACACACGCGAGGACCCUGGCCUGGUCGGAGGAGCCGACAAAGUCUCCGCUGGAAGCGCUCGAAGCCAACAAGGAAGAGGUAAAGGAGGCGAUGGCUACUGCACGGCAUAUGAUCUCGGCCAUUGAUGUGGCUUGUCAUGAGAGGCUUGUGAGACCGGCGGUGGCGAAGCAGCUUAUGGGGAAGAGGAGGAGUCUCAGUAUUAUGAUUGAAGGGUUUUUGGAGAGGUUAUAUCCAGAGAGGCGAGCAGGGCGGCAGAACCCAAGCCCAGAUCUGAAGGAUGAAGACUGGGUAAAGAAUGCGAGUACUGAUGAGAUCACGGAGGAUGUAAAGGAGAAUUGGAGGUGGGAAUAA